ACGCUUCCGGCCAGCAGGCAUGGCUGCGGGUCUGCAGUUGAAAACAACGAAGCUAUAAAUUAAAAAGGCUUUAAAGCUGCAGCAGCAGAUCCUUCAGCCUGUUCUACAGCUCGAGGAGGAACCGGGCAGGAGCGGAGGUUUUAAAGGUGGCGGGAAUGGGCUUACAUAAUUUUAGAUAUAAAUGCUGAGAUUUAAAGUUGAUCAUCUUUAGAGCAACAGAGAAGCAGAUCCAUGAGUUCAGAGCUGACCAUAACUGCAUACCACCUUGCUACCAGUCCUCUACAGCUCCUCUAUAUGUCUACUUUUCCAAAUGAUCCAAAUCCUCUUCCUUCACCAACGUUGCUGGAGUUGUGUUCAGUGAAGAGGUGAAUUCAGGCUACUGAGAGUAGAGUAAGACAUUAACUCCAUAAACAUGGCCUCCAGAAGUAAUUCAGAUACCGAGAAAACCUCAUCUGGUGCGCACCAGACGGACACAUCUCAAAGUAAAACGCAACACCGGCGCGUUUACACUGGAGAGAAACCGCAUCACUGUUCAGACUGUGGGAAGGACUUCGCUUCUCGGGGUUCGCUCAAGAAACACCAGCUCAGCCACACCGGAGGGAAUCGGUUCGCUUGUUCAGAGUGUGGGAAGGAGUUUACCGCACAGACUUCUCUCCAGCGACACGAGCUAAUCCACACCGGAGAGAUGCCGCACAAGUGCUCGGACUGCGGGAAGAGCUUUAAUCAACUGUGUUCCCUCCAACGGCAUCAACGUGUUCACACGGGAGAGAAACCUUUUCACUGCUCCGACUGCGGGAAGAGUUUUGUAAAUGGAAGUAGUUUUAAAAUACACCAGCGCCAACACACGGGAGAGAAGCCGUACGAAUGCUCCGACUGCGGGAAGGGUUUCGCUCAGUUGAAUCACUUACAAUUUCACAAGCGCUCUCACACCGGACAGAAGCCGUAUUACUGCUUUGACUGUGGGAAGAGUUUCGGCAAACAGGAUCAUCUCCGCAGACACCAGCGCACUCACCAACAAGACACCAAAAAGAAAGUGGGUCAUCACUGCUCAGACUGUGGGAAGACUUUCAAACGGCAGACCCAUUUCAAGGAACACCAGCUCAUUCACAAUGAGGAGAAACCCGAUGAAUGUUCACACUGUGGAAGAUACUUCAAAAACAAAACUUCACUCAACAAACAUCAGAGGAGGAAACACAAGAGUUUGUUCUCCUGAUCCUGAUGAUCUGUUGAUUUUAUAAGUAAGGGUUAAAGGAGGAAGAACUCUGGUGUAAAAUGGACUUUUGUUGUAGUAAAACAUGAAAAGUUCUUAUCUUUGAUGAAUAGCACAACUCCGUUCUCCCACAGCGUUCACAGAUCCAGAAAUUUUAAGUUUGUCCAAACACCCUUCAGACUGGGUGAUACAGGGCAUAAUUUACCCUGAUAAAUCACUUUUUACACCGUUAUUCAGCUCAAAGUAGCUCCACACCUCCUUGCUAGAAUCCGGAGAGCUCGGACCUUUUAAAAUGAGGCAUUAAUAACUUUAAAAGUGCAGAGGAAGCUUAUUAAAACACACUGUUUACAUCCUACACUACAGCUUCAGCUCCGAGCACCGCCAUAUUUGUACUGAUAAUAACAUCUAUAUUUACAUUUACAAUAUCUAUAUUUAUAUUGACUCCACAUAGUGUAGCAGCCGGCGCCAGGAGGUAGGCUAUGCGGAGUCUAUGUAUAUAUGUGUCUAUGACAUUAUUAGUACAAAUAUGGUGGGUGUGGAGCUACUUUGAGCUAGAUAACGGUGUAAAAAGUGAUUUAUCCGGGUAAAUUAUGCCCCGUAUCACCCAGUCUAAACUGUUAAAAUUUCUGGAUCUCUGAACGCUGUUGGAGAAUGGAGGUGUGCUAUUCAUCAAAGGUAAGAACUUUUUAUCAUGUUUUACUACAACAAAAUUAAAUUUUACACCAAAGUUCUCCUUUAACCUACAGUUACAGUAGAUAGAGGAAUCAUCAGAAUAAUUUGUUCUACCCAUACUGAUGCACAUAAAUUGUAAUGUUAAGCAUGAUUAAAGCUUAUAUAUACGAGAGAUGUUUUGAUGUUUUGGAACUGACAGUUGUUGUGAAAAGUAAAAAGUCAUCCAAACACAAAUAGUUUUCAAAGGACUGCAAAGAAUAAUGAAGAAACCUAGCAUCUUAAAAAAAUCUAUAUUUGUUAGAUAUUUUUCUGUUUUUGCAACAUACAUUUUUCCUAUUAAUUUUUUAAAAAUCCAGCUCUAGACUAGCUAGCCAUUUAGAAAUAUAGCAUACCCUGCUAGUAAAGAGCUAGUUAAUGAGAUAACCUACCAGCACCUUGUAGGUUUUGGCUGGAAGUUCAACUGGCCUAGAACUGGAUUUUUUUUUAAACGAUACAUUUUGAUUGCAUUUUUCUUUUUUUGUGUAAAACUUUUGGUGCAAAAUGAACUCCAUAUGUUUUACUGUGUAAGCUUUUAUAAAUUACAUUCAAGCGUGAAUGGUGAAUAAUAAUACAUUGCCCUAUUAAUAUUGGGAAUCCUAAAAUCAGAAAAGUCUUAGGUUUGCCACAGCUGCUUUUUUAUACAGGUUGUUAAAUACCUCCUUCUCAAAAAUGCAGACAUGCAGAGUGAAGAAUGUGGAGUUAUAUGUUUAGGUUGUAAAGUCAUCUUUGGUUGGAUUCAACUAAUAAUAAAGAGAGGUACAGAAAAAAAAAUAUAUUUUUUGUGAUAAACUGUAAUUCUGCAAAUGUUGUUCUAAGUUACUACAGGAUGGGCUUAGAUUUAUUAUAGCAAAUGUCCUAUGCCUUUGUACGGCUAUAUUUCUGGCCAGCCUUAAAUUGCAAGCAUUACAUGAACCAAUAUACAGACCAAUGACCAAAUUUAUUGUUGUGUAUUUUAUUGAAUAUUGUAAUUAAACAAGGUUUGCAAUAAAUAUGUUACCACAAAACAACAAA